CCCGAGCGGCCUAGGAGGAGGAAGAUGGCGCCGUGAGGGGGUCGGAGCCGCCGCCGCUCCGGCCGAAUAUUGAAGAUAAUGGCACAGUUUCCAAAGUAAAUAAAUUCUUGUGAGAAGUGAAGGAGCCGCCUCUGAGCAAACCUACCAAUCGUGCUGGUGUGAGCGCUCCAGCUGGCUGCUAGCAGGCGUUUCACCGGCUGGACAUGGGGUCUCAUAGGCUGGCGCGAUUGAUCAAGAGGACAGUAUGGCUGCGACUGCCGCCGUCAGCCCCAGUGAAUACCUGCAGCCUGCUGCCUCCGCGGCCCAGGACUCUCAGCCGUCUCCGCUAGCCCUCCUUGCAGCGACAUGUAGCAAAAUUGGUCCCCCAGCAGUGGAAGCCGCCGUGACUCCUCCUGCGCCUCCUCAACCAACACCUCGUAAACUCAUCCCCAUCAAACCUGCUCCGCUCCCUCUGGGCUCUGGAAAGAACAGCUUUGGGAUCCUGUCAUCAAAAGGGAACCUCUUCCAGAUCCAGGGCUCUCAGGUUGGCACCUCCUACCCCGGAGGGCAGCUGGUUUUCGCCAUUCAGAAUCCAGCUGUGAUCAACAAAGGGACCCGCUCAUCUGCGAACAUCCAGUACCAGGCAGUGCCUCAGAUCCAGGCCACGGGAGGGCAGACCAUCCAAGUCCAGCCCAACCUCACCAACCAAAUCCAGAUUAUUCCAGGCACUAAUCAAGCGAUUCUCACCCCAUCCUCUUCCUCUCACAAGCCUGUGCCAAUCAAGCCAGCUCCGGCACAGAAGGGUGGAGCUUCGCCAGUGCAGGGCGCAAGCAACGUUGUCAAACUAACCAGCGGCAGCAACGUGACUCUUACUCUGCCUGUGAACAACCUGGUGAACGCUACUGAGUCUGGCACACAGGCUCAAAUCAUUGCAGAGAGCCCCUCGAAGCCCAGCAAAAAGCCUCGAAAGAAAGCCACGUCACCAGCCCAGCCCACCGCCAUGGCUGUGGCUGAGCAAGUGGAGACGGUGUUAAUAGAGACCACGGCAGAGAACAUCAUCCAGGCAGGGAACAACCUGCUCAUCGUGCAGAGCCCGGGCUCUGGUCAGCCAGCGGUGGUGCAGCAAGUGCAGGUGGUGCAACCCAAGCAGGAGCCGCAGGUGGUGCAGAUCCCGCAGCAGGCCCUGCGCGUUGUCCAGGCAGCCUCUGCCACACUCCCCACCGUCCCCCAAAAAUCCAACCAGAACUUCCAGAUACAGACGACAGAACCCACCCCCACCCAGGUCUACUUCAAAACGCCCUCGGGUGAGCUGCAGACAGUGCUGCUCCAGGAAGCCCCGGCCAUGACGGUGGCUCCAUCUGGGACCUCUUGCAGUAGCCCUGUGUCCCGCAGCUCCGGCGCAGCGGGCAGCAGCAAGAAACCAGCCAUGCGCAAGGAGCGCCCUCUGCCAAAGAUCGCCCCCGCUGGAGGCAUCAUCAGUUUGAACACAGCUCAGCUGGCAGCUGCAGCACAGGCCAUGCAGACCAUCAACAUCAAUGGCGUGCAAGUUCAGGGUGUGCCUGUCACCAUCACCAACACCGGAGGCCAGCAGCAGCUGACGGUGCAGAACGUGUCUGGCAAUAACCUGACCAUCAGCGGGCUGAGCCCGACCCAGAUCCAGCUGCAGAUGGAGCAAGCCCUGUCUGGAGAGAUGCAGCCGGGGGAGAAGAGGCGGCGGAUGGCGUGUACCUGCCCCAACUGCAAGGAUGGGGAGAAGAGGCCGGGGGACCAAGGGAAGAAGAAGCACAUCUGCCACAUCCCCGAGUGCGGGCGUACCUUCCGCAAGACCUCGCUGCUGCGCGCUCACGUGCGCUUGCACACGGGCGAGCGCCCCUUCGUCUGCAACUGGGUCUUCUGCGGGAAGCGCUUCACGCGCAGCGAUGAGCUGCAGCGGCAUGCCCGCACGCACACAGGUGACAAGCGAUUCGAGUGCGCGCAGUGCCAGAAACGCUUCAUGCGGAGUGACCACCUGACGAAGCACUAUAAAACCCACCUGGUCACCAAGAACUUGUAGGGCCGGCAGCUGCCCCGCGGCUCCCCGGCCGCGCAGACAGGCCCUGCGAGGGCCACCUGGGUGCCAGCCUGGGACUCCGCGGCCCUUGCAGCACUCCGGCGUCCCCGUGUCCCCGGAGAGGGGCUGUGCCCCUGCCAGCACAGCCCUCGGGAACGUCCUCCUUCCCUGCCGCCGCCGGGCCCCGACACAGGAGAAGCCCUUUCUGAAGGGCAAGAGGGGACGAACCUCCUUACGGACCCCCAGGGGCCGUGGGGCAGAGUGCCUGAGGGCGACCUCCGCAGAAAGGCCUGGCCGUGGCCCGAGCCGGCGAAACGUCCUCAUGGGCACGCGGGAGUUGUGCACGGAGGCGACCAGGCGCUCGGGUGCGGACGGGCCAGGAGAGGCUCCACAGCACAUUCCUACUUUAUAUUUAAAAUCUAUAAAUAGCUAUAAAUAUCUCUAUAUAAACCCCUUUGGAAGGUCCCUUUUUUCUAUGGAGAUCGUUGCCUUACGCUCCCUGCUCCUGAUUAUGAACACUGUGUAUCGUGAGUGCUUUUUUAAAAUCUUUAUUUAAUUGCUCCCUUUUAAGAUGCUGCCCAUCCCAUUGCCCCUUUUCUCCUAACGUUUCUUUUCCAAUAAUGAAGAGUUUUUUGUUCUUUUUGUUUGUUUUCUCCAGUGAUUUCUUUCUUUCCCCCUUUGUUUCCCAGUGAUGUGGCAUUUCCUUUUGAAUCUUGGGACUUUAACCCCCCCUUCCUUCCCCGUGUGUUGCCCGCCAUCCCCACUGUGUAUAGUGUACAUUGUAUCAUAGACUAUAUUGCUUUUGUGUUUACUACAUGUUUAAAAACAUAUGGCUUGUUAUUUUUGAGCUUUUAAAUUAAACAAAUCCACUUUAUUUUUUAGUUGUAACUGCCCGAGGUUGUUUUCUGGAUUACGUGACAGAUCUGUUAUACUUUAUUAUCUGUAAAUCGCUGGCCACUAUGGAGUCAGCCAAGAGUUUUUCCUGCUAAAUAAAUUUAGUCACCAGAGGCAAAUCCA